AAUUUUCAAAUUAUUAUGUAUCACUUAAUGAAGUUAAAGGAAGGUUUCUGUUACGAUUCAAUUAUUAUAUUCUAGAAGUUUGAACAUUUUUUUAAAUGGAAAAAACAAACUUUCCAAAAUAAAUGUACAGUAGCAAACAAAGGAAUCAAAGAUUUUGAAGCGUACUUUUAUUGCUUUUUGGGGAACUUGAAAGGGACAGUACACCAGAUUGCCACCAAAAAAUGUUUUCUCUGUAACGAAUCUCCGGACAAUUAUUUAACAGAAUUUGUUUGAUAUCAUAAUAGUAAAAAAAAGUACCAAAAUGUAAAAAAAAAAUGUGUCGGAGACCAGGUUCGAACCCGGUUCGCCAAAAGUGCAGUCACGCGUCGUAUCCACUGAGCUAAGACGGCUUACUCUAUUCGUGGUGGUGUUAGUAGUUUAUACUCCUGGUCCCGGCGUGAGCACAUUGAAGGGUCCCAGAGUGAAAUAACUCUAUUCGGGUGUCAUAAUUAAGCUAUAUACCUAACUCGGUAAUAUCACGUGAUAACACCGACUAGCCAAUCACGCAUAAGGAAUGAAUAUUACUAGGUAGACAUACCCAGUAAUCUUUUUUUAAUGGAAAAGUACGAAAUAACUGCUAAACUUAGAAAAAUUGUAUUCAAUGUGGUACUUAAGUUAAUAAGGUUCAAUGCAUUGUACACAUUAAUACCAAGUUUAUGACAGUUUUUGACAAUUUUCUUUUUUUUCUUGCAAAUUGAUCAUCUGGCUCCGAUUUCUCGAAACUUCUUAAGCUUAACAGGCUUAAGUCGCUUAUUUCAAGUAGCCAUAAUACAUACUGAAAAUGGAUUUUGAUAAACGAAAAUUGGUUUAUUCUGAUAAUCAUACAGAUUAUUCCUACAUAAUUUCCUAAAAUUCUUGAAGAAUUAAAUAUAACACAUUUUAUAGAACAACACAAAUAGUGAGAUUAGCUUAAUCCUGUUACUGUGAAAUCAUUAAUGUUCGUGGGGCAUUAAUCUUCGUGAUUUUCGUGGGUUGGGUGAUCCACGAAUUCAAGAUCCCACGAAAUAUAAACCUUUUAUUCACUUUUUCAAUUGACUUGUUACGAACAUACUCUAGUAUAUUAUUUACAGAGGUCGCAGUAUACAGUGUUAAAACCUGUCUCACUGUAUAACUUACGAUCAUUAUUCUGUUAAUAUAUUAUAACUGCCUUUAACAAAUAAUGAACCAAAUCAAUUUUAUGCAGCAAAUGACAGUUAUAAGCACGUGUUUAAACGUGUGCUGUUAAUGAAAAUCUUCAAGUUUACAAGAUGUGCGUGAUGAGUGUCCAUACUCGAUUUUUUUUAUUUAAUAAAAUAAUUAAUCGAUUACUAGUACAUUGAAGGUUACUAAGCACCGAAGGUGACAAUAUACGCACCUUUUCGGUGUUUUCACAGUUUGCAAACUUCUUAAUUGACAUUCAAUGGCUUCCCUUAUCUGUAUUUAUGAUCAGAGUACAUCUUCUUUUAUUACCUUUAUUCCCAAUUAAAUCGAUAAGUGACAUGGGUAUAUGCACUAAUUGGCAUGUCGUACCACAUAAGCGAGUGUCAUAAACCGAGUGACAUAGAAGACGAAAAUCACGGGCCAGCGCGUGGAUAUUAUGCAGACGAUCUAGGACGAUCGCAUCUUCGAUUUUUUUUCAAAAAUGAAAAUCCACGAAUUCAAGUACCCACGAAAUUGUUUUGUUCGGCCAUCCACGAAAUUUCAUGCCCACGAACAUUAAUUAUUUCACAGUAUAUGGGACUUAAGAAGUUUCGAGAAAUUGGGGCCAUUUGCACAGUUGCUUUAAAGAAACAAUAAUGUUUGUAAUACACAUGUUGUUGUAGGUUAAUUAUUUAUGAAGGUCGGCUACUGACUCAAUUGUUAAGAAAGCAAAACAUCAGCAAUUAUGAAAACAAAUUAUAACACAUAUUUCAUAAGUUAUAAGGCUUAUUGCUAUUCCGAAUAAUUAAGAGUUUUAAAUCACAUAUAGAACGCUUUGUUCGUUAAGAAAUUUGAUUAAAGCAGAUGAUUGGGAACGUUCAUUUUGAAAAAAUAUAAUGGACAAAUUCGUAUAGAUGAACUCAGAGCGCCUGGCAAAACUAUUAAAUAAAUAAAUACUGGGUUAAUCGCCUCAUAACGGUCACUUAAAACGAUUUAGGAAACCACUUAGGUUGGAUCGGACUAGAAAUAUGUGCCAUUUCCGUUGCCUCUUAGAAGGAAUCAACAGUUCGCAACUUUUCAAAAGGACUUUAUAUUGCGAUAUAUUUUUUUAAUAUUAAUUUGCCUCUGUCUGCAUAAUUUGCGCAUACAGCAUACAAUAUACAUUUUUUUGUGUUGAUGCAAUAUCUUUUCAAGUAGAGUUAAGCGAUGGAAUUUGGUUAAAAAAUAAUGGGUAUUCAAUCUGAAUCGUCCAGAUUUUGCCUGCUUGCAUAAAUCAAUAAUCUUAACUCCAUAUGAAAUUGUGAAGGGCCUGUAUUUUAAAAUUGCUUAUACGAUGUCAGCCGACAUAUUUGUCAUUUACCAUUACUAUUUUACUGAAGUUUAAAUUUGAACAUUUUCGGCUCCUAAAUUGCACAUUUUGUUAACAGCACACAAUGACGUGAAUGUUUCAAAUAUUAAUAAUGAUUAAUAGUUUAAUAACUAUUUUGUGGUUAUCUACAUUUUACGGAGUAACACAACACCUUGUUAUUACAUUCUAACAUAAAUCCUAUAAAUCUUCGGUAAGAGACGCAAGGGUAUUGUAAAUGAAAAGUGUUUAUAAACAUUAUUAAGUUUCAGCUGGUUCUUUCAUUGUGAAUUGCAUCAAUACAUCGUUCAACGCUUGGGCAGACAAAUAUUGAGCUUAAACAUUCCGCUCUAGUGUUAAAGAAGUUAACAUUCCGCUUUAUUGUUAAGAGGUUAACCAUUUCAAACUCUUCCGAAUAUUCAUGUUAUCCUGUACAAAAUAAGAUUUACGGAAUGAAGAACGUAGAAAAGUGCAGGGUGCUUGGACAGAAACGGGUUAUCGUGCUGAUAAAAUUAUUAAACCUUUCGUUUAUCAAAGUAGUUUUAUGUUUCUACAUUCUCAUAUGUUAUGUUGAUAUAAUGAUACAAGUUUUUGUCACAAAGCUAAUGAAAACAAUCACAAUAAUUAAUUGUCAGGACAAAGGGUGCAAGGUCGAUCUCAUGAGGGUUCGGAGGGGGGUCAAAAUGGACAGUAGAGGACAAUUAACAGCACAAUUAUAAAAAGUGUCCAUAUAAUUCCUCUUUAUUAAAGAGUCUUUAGCCAAUCUGUUUGCUUUCUAAUGAGUACUCGGACUUCUGCAUGUGAUGCGCAGUGCUCUGACAAUAAUAAAUAACAUUAAUCGAUCUUUUGUUGUAAUGGGUGUAACACUAACCCCCUUAGAAUUAAAUUGAUAUACGGAUAUUUUAUAAUAAUAUGUUUGAAAUAUAAUCUUCAUUUGCCAAUAUUUAAAGGUAAGAUACACACACUAAUAUGUGUUUGCACAAUUUAAGUUGUACAUUUAUUAGGUUUUGUUUUUGAAACGUGGGAGAUCAUGUAUUAUAAUAUUAUAUUUAAGACUUCACUAUGUUUUGUCUCAUUAUGUGAAUUAAUAAGUGGAACCAGCCCUGAAAACAGAAAUAGGUUUAUAAAUACUGGCGAUUUAUCGUUACUUAUUUACAUAGAUUUAAGUCAGACACACCCUGAGAGAGGACACCUUUAAAAGAAGCCCCAUCGUAACCUAGGCUGCCUGCGUACCGGAUAGGCAUUUCAGGCGCCAUGGCAGACAAUUUUUACAGACUUGUUACAUUUUUGAUUGACACAACAACGCCUAUCCUGCAGGAUUUGUUUGAGGACUGUGCUAUAAAAGAUACAACGACCAAUCAAAAUUUUACAACUUUACAGCAAUAUCUUUUCAACAAAGAGCAAGAUGUAAGAACGCUUUUGAGCAAAGAGAAAUGGAAGUACAAGCAGAUUUAUCCAAAGGGCAAACCUUCCUCUUCGUUAGAUGUCACGGACAGUGCCAACUUGGACGUGUCGGUUUUAUCUUCAUUGCUUUUAGGAUUAUACGGAGGAUUAAAUCCACCCCUUUUAGCACCCACGACAUCUAUGGACAUUAAACAGAUAACGGCUAUUAGAAAUAGCAAGUUCUUGGCUCAUGGAUGUUCAACAACUAUACAGUCAGUUGACUUUGAAACCUUGUGGAACCAGUUGAAGAAGGCGACAAUCUCAAUCGCUAGACUACGAAGUAACAACAGCUAUACAACUGCAACCGAAGAAAAAAUUAAAAAGACCCUUAUUAGCAAUAUGCCUGGAAUGUGGAAUUCCUGUGCGAAAUGGUUUACAAGUGUUGUUGAAGAGCAGGCAGAUACUAUACAAUCGAUGCGGACGUUUUUGGAAACAGGAACAGAAGUGCUUUCAUCUCCAUCAGGUACAGAACAACAACGAGUGAGAAUUGUAAACGAAAAACAUAAGAAACUGCAAUCCAACUUCAAGACUUUACUUUACAACAACCGGCCCGUGCAUUCGGAUCAGUUGUCAACAAUGACGGAACUGAUAAGAAGUAAACUUAUCAACAACAUACCUGUUGUUAUUACUGGUGUUGAACGCGCCCUGUAUGAAGAAGUAGCGUUGACUGCUAUAAGACAAAUGCCAAACUUUAAUGAAGAAUUUUGUGUCACAAUUAACGACCCACACGAAUGGAGGGAACUUGAAGAACACUUUGUUAACGUUGUUGUCUUUAAGGAUCCCUUUGGAUUAGACACGCUUGAUAAGUCUAAUACAAAAGCAAUGAAUACAAUAUUUCAAUCAAUUGCAAUCAGAAGCCAGAACGGUUUUAGUACUGUGAUUUUGACAAAGAAAUCUGUUCUCAAAGAAGCUUUACUGAUUGUUUCGCAAGAAGGAAGUGAGAUGUUCUCCGAUGAAAACAUAUUUGAACCGGCUGGGACGGAGUGGUAUCCAAUAGAUAUGGAAGCACCCAUUCGAGGGACUCAUAAACGAGUCCAACCUUUGGGCCAGACGCUGAAAAACAUGCUUGGCAUUUCGUCUGUAUACUUAAGGAGCAAAGAAAAUAAGGACUUUAAACAGGACAACGAUGUGUUGACAGGCCUUGAAACACAUGGCAGUUUAGUUAUAACAGGCGACGAACCGAAGGUCGUUUCUUCCUAUGUUGCAAGUUUGGCAACAAGAGAUGAAGGAAAGAAUGCACUUGUACUGAAACGUACAGCUGACCUGCGAUACGUCGAGGUAGGUGUCGUGAAUGUACUGAUAGUAGAGCACUUUGCCGGAAAACAUGCCCUGAACAAGGUCAAAGCCAGACAGUGGCUUGAGGAACUAGAUAUGCUUAAGGCUCUUUCACAGCAGCGGAACACGUGCGUGAUCCUCUCUUCAACAAAUGCCGUUUUCAAAGAAGCAAUGAAAACAAAGAUUGGGAAAACCCUGACUCGCCAUCCGCUGCUUGCAAACGUAGUGGACAUUUCGAAGUCAAUAAUCCAUCAAAUUGUAAAAGAGGAGAUUUCUUCAGACAAUGGAGAGGCUGAUCCUCUCCCUCUCGAAGAAUCUUCUGACAGCAUGGCGAUUGAAGAAAACCAACCGACUCCAAAGAAAAGACAUGGCAUUAGAAAGUCCUUUAAAGAAAGUGCAAUACGACAAGUAAACCCGAAUAACAUUGAAAUCAAUCCAACAUCAGAUACAGACAAAAGGCGGGGUUUAAUAAAAAGAAUGUGUCUCAUUGAAAAUGACCUGCUUCUGAUCGAUCCUGGCAACACAAACUUAAAAAUCAUUACUCAUUCGCAUGAGGCAGCAAUUGUAAAAGAACUAGUUAUCUUUGACGAUGAACCUAGCUGGCUCGCGACAUUGCCGCUUAAAGAUGAAUGUGAUUCAUAUACUGUAGCUGUUGGAUUUAUCUCUUUUAUAAAGUUAUUUAAACUGACGAAAUCGGAAGAAUACAAGGUUGAGUACACUGGAGAUAUUAAAACCGAUUCAAAGAUAUUGGAUAUGGUUGAUUUCAAUGGGCAGCUCGUUGUUGGUUUAUCUAAAAACUUUUCUAGGACAGACGACUAUUCAAAACUAGAGGUGAUUGCUUUGUCAGGAGAGGUUGUUAAGAAAUUUCCACCAAGUAUUUCCGGUACGCCGGUCUUUGAGUAUCCGAAAUUUGUAACUAGGGACUCGCAGCAUUCAAAAUUGAUUGUAUUUGACGUCAGAAAGAGGCAAAUGAUUACGCUAUCGUAUGUAAACGGUGCUGUGUUGACGAUUAUACCGUAUCAAGAACUUUUCAGUAAGAUACAUGACAUUGGAAGACCUGUUUCGACAGAAAAUGAGGUUUGGGUGUUUUGCCAAAGAAAAAAACAAUCCAACUACAAAGUAUUAGUGAUAAACCAAAAAGGCGAUGUUUUUUGUCAGAUUUACGAACACAUGUUACAACCUGAUAUCCAAAUGGGUUGUAUGUGUUUACAUGAAUCAAAGAUAUAUGUAUCUAAUAAUUAUGUUAUUACGGUCUUUGACGAUAAGAACUAAAUAGUCCUAACACCUUGAUGCGGAAUUCUAGGUUCUUCACUCUGUAUAUUUGUCAAAUGUAAACAAAACAUUGAUUCAAAUUCAGAUUAACUAACGUUUGACGUGAUAAAAGUUAAAUGUCAUGUAUUGGAUUGGAAGAUGAAUUUGUCUUUAAAUCCCGAACCUGUCAUUCCGCUCAUUAGCCCUAUAUAGAUACACUUUUAUUUUCCUUGAGGAAACUAAAACACCCAUACUGAACAGAACAGAACAUUAAUUCCACUUAAGCAUAAAAGGUCAUUGUCACAAUGCAAGUGUUGGGAAAGGUAUUAAAGUAUUUCCCAUCUACAAAACAGAAUAGCCAGAAAUGCGGAAUCUCAGGUUUUAACUGUAUUUACUUUGUAAACUAAUGGUUGCAAAUGUGAACACUGCGUGUAUUCAAAUGGAGACUAAGUUACGUUCCAUGCGAUUAUAUAUAUGAUUUGUUUUCUGACGUAAUUAUUUCUUCACUCAAUGAUACUAGUUAUGACGUAACGUCAGCAGAAUGGAAUACAUUCAUAUCAUACCCGAGUAGAAUAUAUUUUUCUGUUGUUGUUUUCUUGUAAUAUGUAUUGUGUGCGGAUCUUUGAUAUGCAAAGCAUAACUAUAUUUGUUCUAUCUCAAACGUGCAAUUCUGCUAAUCGUUUCCUUAGGUGACUUAAAGCUGCACUCUCACAGACUGAACGUAUUGGCAACUUAUUUCUUAUUUUUUGUCUUGGAACGAGCCAAGUUUUUGCGAAAGUCCAUGAAAACCAGUUAUAUAAGACUCAUGACAAAAGAUCAGAUCGCAGAUUUUUUGUGAGCACUAUUUAAGAGUUUGUAGCCUGAUAAUAAUUACCUACAUACCUCUAGAAUAAAGUAAAUAAAUGUAUAAGUGUGUUGUACAAUGUAUCAUUUGUCAUUUUUACACAUUUUUAAAGAUGAACUCUUGAACAAAAAACUUUCUAAAAAUAAAUAAAGAUUAAGAGCUCCCUCCCAAUUUUACAAAACAUAAAUGUGCCUUAAAAGUUAACGGUCAAUUCAACCUAGUCAUUGUUAUAAUUCUAGCGUAACCUGAAUUUAGUACUCUUGUCAGAUUUACCUGACCAACAUGGAAACUUUAUAAAACCUCAAAUAUCAUUUUUUUAUGUAAUUUCAUAAGAUCCUUUUGGUGAUGUUUUGUUCUUUAAGCACAACAUAUUCGGCCUCUUAAAUAGUUCUACAUCUGGAGUUUCAUCGCACAAAACAAUUCCACAAACAUAUUGUAUAAUGUAUCAACUUUUGUCAUUUGUUUGAUAUUGAUGUAUUUGCACAUAUGUUCACCAAUGAUCACAGUGUGUGUGUACCAGGUGAUAAAUUACGUCAUAAAGCUACGUCGACAGGCAACGUUUUGCUUUGAAUGAUGACUUUAAGCAAAGAUGUAUUUUCCUUUUUCAUUAAAAUUGUAAAUGAAACAAAAGGCAAUCUAUGCCCCACAAAGAGCCAAGACGUUUUAAAAUCGAGUUUGGUAAGGUGAUUAGUUUCCUCAAAAAACUAAAAAAAAUGUUUCGACAGUGCUAGGUCAGGCGGCGGGUUUGUGAAAAGAUCUAUCGGAGUGUUUGAAGACUAUAAAUAGAUUACUUACUCACUUAAGUAAAGGACCGACGGCUGGGCUAUGUAAGCAACGUAGACUGCGCUUUGUUUUUUUAUAAAUAGUGAAUGUAUGGUGAAGUUAUUUUUUUGUUUAAAGUUUUCACUUUAAGCAAACUAUUGACUUCCAAGGUAGUAUUUAUGACGUAAUUUAACACGUGGUAUACACCCCCUGGACUUUAUGUCUUUGAACUUCUCAUUCCCUAUCAAUACGCCGUCUGUGGUAAUACCCUAUUGUUUUCAACUCUAGUUUGUCGACCUUAUAAUGUAUGAUGAUCUGUGUUGUUGUGUCGUUUCAAAUAAAUAGCUCAAAAAUUAGGCGUGUAAUUCAGCACGAGUGAUACUAACGGCAAUAUAAUUGAACGUAACAUUAGUAUGUUCUAUUACAAAUCUAUAUAUACACACAUUGUCAUAUUCAUGUAAUUUUAAACAACCGAUUCAAAUGUGUUGUAUCUCUACUUUCCCUAUGUAAUACAUAUAUUGUAAAUAAAUGAUGUUUAAAUAUGA